UUACCGCUUGAAGAUCAGUCUUCAAAGAUUAUCGCGGGCCGCAACUUGGCAGAAUCGGACCGCCGCCAGACAAAAAGCUCCGGAUCGAAGACUUCUGAAAACAUGGGGUUAUCACAAGCUUUCAGCUCACGGCGUGGGCGUAUUUUUGCCCUCACGGCCUUCUUGGCUCUUGUCAUCCUUCUCGUGGGAUAUCAGACGGCGUCACCACUGUCUAUCUACCGGCAGGACCCGGUCGUUCUUAAGCAACCUGAACAUGAACAGGGCAUUGGUCAUGAACACCAGGAGACGGAUGAAGAGAGUCAUGAUUUGACACCGCCACCGUUGGAGACAUGGAACCAUCACGAAGGAAACACCGGCAUCCCCGCCAACCACGAAGAUGUCUCUCCUCCAACGACACCUUCUGGAAAAGAAGACAUCGAUUUGGGCUUAGGAAUAGGGACUAUCGAAGUGGGCGAGGAGCCCAACAGUCCGGACGAGACUCAGGAGGUCUCUCCGACUGCUUCGUCGACUCCAGCCGAGGAGGAGUGUGUAAGCUUCGAACGGCUCCAGCGCAUGAAACCCGGUCCCCUAUCCGCCGGCAAGCGCCAGUUCCCCUACGUGCGCCCGCCACCACACUGUCGGACCUUCCAGCUUCCAGCUCUCGAGAAGCUCAUCGAGCGCAUGAGGACCGUGAUCAAAGACCCGGAUCUCUUCCGCCUCUUCGAGAACAGCUACCCCAACACUCUCGAUACCAUGAUCAAGUGGCACGGCUAUGCCAGGAACAGCUCCCCCUGGGACACGAACAAUGGUGGCACAUCCAAGUCCCUCGCCUCCUUCCUAGCCACUCCCGACGAAGCUCAGGACCCAGAAGAAGAAGAAGAAUCCAAUCCCGAAACCGACGAAGAACUAACCUACAUCAUCACCGGCGACAUCGACGCCAUGUGGCUCCGCGACUCCGCCUCGCAACUCUACUCCUACCUCCCCUUCCUCACCCCCUCCCCCGAAAAAUCCUCGCUCGCCAGCCUCUGGCGCGGCCUCAUCAACUCGCACGCCCGCUACAUCGUCAUCUCGCCCUACUGCCACUCCUUCCAACCACCCCCCGAAUCCGGCAUCCCGCCCACCCGCAACGGCGCUUACAGCCAGAACAACCCGCAACCGCCCUACGACCCGCAAAAGGUGUUCGACUGCAAGUGGGAGCUCGACAGCCUGGCUUCUUUCCUGCAGAUCAGCAGCGCGUACCACGCUCGCGUGCCCGAAGACUUGCACUUCUUUGGGAAGUACAGGUGGAUCGAGGCCGUGCAAGCCGCCGUAGACGCCGCGGCCGCGAUGAGACUUGGGACGUAUGAUGAGGAAGGAAAAGUGUUGCCUUCCGCGUGGACGUUUACGGGUUGGACGAAUAGAGGCAGCGAGACGCUGACGAAUGAUGGGUUGGGAAACCCGGUCAAAGAAAACGGGAUGGUCAGGAGCGGGUUCAGGCCAAGUGAUGAUGCUUGUAUUUUCCAGUUGUUGACGCCGAGUAACAUGAUGUUUGCGGCGUAUCUGGAGCAGGCGUCGGUGAUCAUGGAGGGGUUGGCUGGAUUGGAUGGGCUCGACCAAAAAAAGAAGGCGAUGGCGAAGAAUAUGACGGUGCAGAUGCGUGAUCUUGCCAGGGGGACUAGGCAUGGUAUCGCCAAGGACGCGGUGGUCACUCAUCGCGAGUUCGGCGAGAUGUUUGCGUAUGAGGUGGAUGGGUAUGGAAGCGCGAAUUUGAUGGAUGACGCUAACGUCCCGUCGCUUUUGGCGUUUCCUUUGUGGAAUUAUACCUAUUCGCUUCUCGACCAGAAGACAAUCGUCAAGACAACCCACGGCGGCAGCCGUGACAGCAACACUCAAACCCCCAACCGCUCGGAAUCAGACCAAGACCAACCAUCCCUCGACGACGAACUCUCACCCCCCUCGCCCCCCCCUCCCAACUCCAAACCCUACACCACCACCCCACCCCCCUCCCACAAUUACUCCCACAUCUACCAAAACACCCGCCGCUUCAUCCUCUCCCUCUCCAACCCUUACUUCGCCGCCGGCCCGGCCCUCUCCGCCGUCGGCGGCCCCCACCUCGGUCCCGGAAAGGGUUGGCCGAUGGCCGCCACGGUCGCCGCUUUAACCGCCUACAACUCGGAGCUGUCGGGCUUGUCUUCGGGGGCAAAAGAACAAGAAAAGACGGUGGAGCAACAACUAAGAAUGAUUCUGGACUCGACGAGCGGGACGGGGGUCGUGCAUGAGACGGUGAAUGCGUGGAAUGAGAAGGAUUGGACGAGGAGCUGGUUUGGGUGGGCGAAUGGGUUGUUUGGGGAGUUGAUAGUGAAGAUUGCGGACGAUGAGGCGGGGAGGGGGGUUAAGUGGGAGAGUGGGGAGGGGUUGUUGGGGCGGUCGUGGCAGUGAGUGUGAUGUGUGCAUGUUGUUUCUCUCCUUUUGGGGUCUGUUGGUCUUUUUUUUGGAUGUUUGAGCAAGAUGAAUUGUUGUCUGUAUAUGUAUGGAGGGCGUAUGCCUGCCUUGACAUGAAUAGGAGGAGUGUUCUCUUGGAUUAAGUGAAAGCAUGCUGGGCGUUGACGGCGUUAAAACUGAAUACCUGACUGUUGAUGGGAAAUGAUGGGAACGUUACUUGCGAAAUCUCAGGAGUUACGAUUAUUACGACAUCUCCUUCCUGCAAGCACCUUAUUUGAUCCCUUAUU